AUGACAAAGUUACCGAGACACUGUGAGAAACGUGGGGAAGAAAGCCGGAAAAGCGAUCAACCCCAGCACAUAUGUUUAUUUCCCUCAAACGACCUGAACAGACCUGACUCGGGCACUCAUUACAAAGAUACGGUUACACCCCGACGAGGCAAAGUCUUCAAAGCCGGACACUCCUCUACAUCUCUCGGGACAUUCCUCUACAUCUCUCUGACACUCCUCUACAUCUCUCGGACACUCCUCUACAUCUCUCGGGCAUUCCUCUACAUCUCUCUGACACUCCUCUACAUCUCUCGGACACUCCUCUACAUCUCUCAGACACUCCUCUACACCUCUCGGACACUCCUCUACAUCUCUCGAGAACUACUCUUCAUCUCUCGGACACUCCUCUACAUCUCUCGGGCACUCCUCUACAUCUCUCGGGGCACUCCUCAACAUCUCUCAGACACUCCUCUACAUCUCUCGGACACUCCUCUACAUCUCUCAGACACUCCGCUACAUCUCUCGGGGCACUACUCUACAUUUCUCGAGAACUACUCUUCAUCUCUCAGACACUCCUCUACAUCUCUCAGACACUCCUCUACAUCUCUCGGGACACUCCUCUACAUCUCUCGGGCACUCCUCUACAUCUCUCGGACACUCCUCUACAUCUCUCGGACACUCCUCUACAUCUCUCGGACACUCCUCUACAUCUCUCAGACACUCCUCUACAUCUCUCGGGACACUCCUCUACAUCUCUCGGGACACUCCUCUACAUCUCUCGGGACACUCCUCUACAUCUCUCGGGCACUCCUCUACAUCUCUCGGACACUCCUCUACAUCUCUCCAGAACUACUCUACAUCUCUCGGGCACUCAUCUACAUCUCUCGGGCACUCCUCUACAUCUCUCGAGAACUACUCUACAUCUCUCGUGCACUCCUCUACAUCUCUCAGACACUCCUCUACAUCUCUCGGGACACUCCUCUACAUCUCUCGGGCACUCAUCUACAUCUCUCGGGCACUCCUCUACAUCUCUCGAGAACUACUCUACAUCUCUCGGGCACUCCUCUACAUCUCUCGGGACACUCCUCUACAUCUCUCGGGCACUCAUCUACAUCUCUCGGGCACUCCUCUACAUCUCUCGAGAACUACUCUACAUCUCUCGGGCACUCAUCUACAUCUCUCGGGCACUCCUCUACAUCUCUCGAGAACUGCUCUACAUCUCUCAGACACUCCUUUACAUCUCUCGGGCACUCCUCUACAUCUCUCGGGGCACUACUCUACAUCUCUCGGACACUCACCUUCAUCUCUCCGACACUCCUCUACAUCUCUCGGACACUCCUCUACAUCUCCCGGGACACUCCUCUACAUCUCUCGGACACUCCUCUACAUCUCUCCAGAACUACUCUACACUCUCGGGCACUCCUCUACAUCUCUCGGACACUCCUCUACAUCUCCCGGGACACUCCUCUACAUCUCUCGGACACUCCUCUACAUCUCUCGAGAACUACUCUACAUCUCUCGAGAACUACUCUACAUCUCUCGGGCUCUCCUCUACAUCUCUCGGACACUCCUCUACAUCUCUCGGACACUCCUCUACAUCUCUCGAGAACUACUCUACAUCUCUCGGACACUCCUCUACAUCUCUCGAGAACUACUUUAGAUCUCUCGGGGUACUCCUCUACAUUUCUCGAGACACUCCUCUACAUCUCUCGGACACUCCUCAACAUCUCUCGGGCACUCAUCUACAUCUCUCGGGACACUCCUCAACAUCUCUCGGACACUCCUCUACAUCUCUCGGACACUCCUCUACAUCUCUCGAGAACUACUCUACAUCUCUCGGACACUCCUCUACAUCUCUCGAGAACUACUUUAGAUCUCUCGGGGUACUCCUCUACAUUUCUCGAGACACUCCUCUACAUCUCUCGGACACUCCUCAACAUCUCUCGGGCACUCAUCUACAUCUCUCGGGACACUCCUCAACAUCUCUCGGACACUCCUCUACAUCUCUCGGACACUCCUCUACAUCUCUCGAGAACUACUCUACAUCUCUCGGACACUCCUCUACAUCUCUCGAGAACUACUUUAGAUCUCUCGGGGUACUCCUCUACAUUUCUCGAGACACUCCUCUACAUCUCUCGGACACUCCUCAACAUCUCUCGGGCACUCAUCUACAUCUCUCGGGACACUCCUCAACAUCUCUCGGACACUCCUCUACAUCUCUCGGACACUCCUCUACAUCUCUCGAGAACUACUCUACAUCUCUCGGACACUCCUCUACAUCUCUCGAGAACUACUUUACAUCUCUCGGACACUACUCUACAUUUCUCGAGACACUCCUCUACAUCUCUCGGGCACUCCUCUACAUCUCUCGGACUAGACUGGCCACCAGUACCUAAAUUUUUUUGA